UGACGUCUCCCCAACCUUGUAAUUCCGGAUGCGUGGAAUCUGUUGCUGGCGAAAACGCAUGUUGAGGCUUCGUUCGAGGGAUCGGAAAUGGGACAAGUCCGGUGUACGCGUUCCUUGAGAUCGAAAAGACGGUUAUAUUCCAAGAGAGCGUGUGAAGCUACUGAAGUCUGUAAGCAAGUUGCAACGGAGGGCGGCAUCUGGAUGAUUUUGACGUGUACUCUGUGCUGUUCACAAAAUACAUUACAAACGAUUUCCUCGACCGAUGCCGUCAGUCAGUGA